UUCAAAAACAUAAGGGCAAUUUCGUCAUUUCUGUCCUACCUUCCAAACCAAACAAAACCCUAGCAAAUGCGAGCUCGCCUAUUUUAGGGUUUCUUUCAUUCCAACCUCUCGCCGGUCGAAAAGCUGUUCUGCCCUCACCUUCAGAGAAAGCCAUGGCUUCGGAGAAGAAGUUGUCGAAUCCGAUGAGGGAGAUUAAGGUGCAGAAGCUAGUCCUCAACAUCUCCGUCGGAGAGAGCGGAGAUCGUCUUACCAGGGCUGCUAAGGUCUUGGAACAGCUAAGUGGGCAAACGCCAGUGUUCUCCAAGGCAAGGUACACUGUUCGAUCGUUUGGCAUCAGGCGGAAUGAAAAAAUUGCAUGCUAUGUCACUGUUAGGGGGGACAAGGCAAUGCAGCUAUUGGAGAGCGGGCUGAAAGUAAAGGAGUAUGAACUGCUGCGAAGGAACUUCAGUGAUACCGGGUGUUUUGGCUUUGGUAUCCAGGAACAUAUUGAUCUUGGAAUCAAGUAUGAUCCUUCAACGGGCAUUUAUGGUAUGGACUUCUUCGUGGUUCUUGAACGCCCAGGGUACCGUGUGGGCCGCCGCCGCAGGUGCAAGUCUCGUGUUGGGAUUCAGCACCGUGUCACAAAGGAGGAUGCCAUGAAGUGGUUCCAAGUCAAAUACGAGGGUGUCAUCCUUAAUAAGUCCCAAAAUAUCACCGGCUAGACUCUCCUUGCCCAAUCUUGAGUCAUACAGCUCCAUUUUUGCAUUUUUCUUAUUUGGUGCAGACUAGGACCUGGAACUCUCUUCUUCUUCGUUUUCAGAUAAUCUUGAUAUAAUCUGUGCUGGUGGAAGUAUAGCUAUUUUCAUGGUUUCUAA